ACCUGUAGUGACCGCAUCGUACGGAGUCUUCCCAUUACUAUUAACUGUAUCCAUAUGUGCUCCUGCUUCUAUAAGAUCCAUAAUAAUGGAAUGAAGAGUCAUAAAAUCACUGAAUAUUUUUCAUUAAAAAAACUACUUAAUAAAAUAGUAACAGUACAGUUAACUGUACCUAAUAGGUUCCCUAUAGCUAACAAUAACAUGCAAUGGUGUAUUCCUUUCAUUGUCCAUUGCAUUUACAUCAGCACCACAACAUAUAAAUAUUCUACAACUUCAGCCCUAGUUCUCUCUGCUGCUGCUAUUAAUGGUGUCAUCCCACUAAUAUUUUUUGUCAUGUUUGUUCCAUAUUUCAAUAGCUCAGAUACUAUAUUAGUAUGUCCGCGUUCAGCUGCUAAAUGUAAUGCAGUUGUAUCACAAUUUGCUUUCUCAUUUGGAUUCGCACCUUUUUGCAUCAUUAGAGAAUCCUCCAAAGGAAGAAUUAGAAGUACCAGAACUCUUGCCAAUUAUAUUCAAUGGACAUAUUAAUUAUGUCAGUGAUUUUAACGAAUGUGCUAUGAUUUGUGAUGAUCUUAUAACAGAAGUAGAAAAGUCUGAUAGAGAAAUACCAAUAGGAUUUGAUUUGGAAUGGCCCUUUAGUUUUCAAACUGGAUCUGGUAAGACAGCUUUAGCACAAAUUUGUCUAAGUGAAAAGGUCUGUUAUCUAUUGCAUAUAUAUUCGUUUACAAAAUUGCCUGCUGCAUUUGUGAUCCUCUUAAGCCAUCCAAAAGUGAGAUUAGUUGGAGUUAACAUAAAAAACGAUAUUUGGAAGCUAGGAAGAGAUUUUAAAGAGUUUCCAGCUUCUAAAGUUGUGGAAAAUAAUUGUCUUGAUUGUGGUAAAUUUGCCAAUACAGUGUUAAAUAGAUCUUGCCGGUGGAGUUUAGAAAAAUUAACAGAAUAUUUACUGAAAAAGAAGAUUAAUAAGGACCCGAAAGUGAGAAAAAGUAAAUGGCAUAUGCAUCCGUUGAAUGAGGAGCAAAAGCUUUAUGCUGCAACAGAUGCUUAUGUGUAAAUUAAGUUACAGUUCUGGACUUAAGUUACAAAAGAUAUUAUCUAAUCAGCAUUACCAAAAGCUGGCAAAUGAUAAUUGCAAUACAUUAAUAUUGCUUGAGCAUGAUCCAGUAUAUACAGUUGGAAUUAGAGAUAAAGAUUAUACAAUAAAAGAUGAAGAGAGAUUAAAAAGUUUAGGCGCAGAAUUUUUCAGAACAAAUCGAGGUGGCCUUAUAACUUUCCAUGGACCUGGACAAUUAGUGGCAUAUCCCGUAUUAAAUUUGAAGCAGUUUAAAACCAGCAUUAAAUGGUAUAUCUGCCAAAUAGAGGAAAUGAUUAUUCGUUUAUGUGCAGAAUUUGGCAUUAAAGGUGAAACAUCCCCAGAUACCGGUGUAUGGGUAAAUAAUAGAAAAAUUUGUGCCAUUGGUGUUCAUGGAAGUCGUUAUAUAACGACACAUGGUUUAGCUCUAAAUUGUAAUACAGACUUAAGUUGGUUUAAUCAUAUUGUACCUUGUGGUAUCAAAGGAAAAGGUGUAACAAGUAUUAGUCAAGAACUUAAUGCAAAUUUAACUAUUCAGGAUGUGCUACCGCUGUUUCACAAUGCUUUUAAAGAUCAGUUUCAAUGUACAUUAAUUGAAUACUCAGUAGUAGAAUCUUAUCAAUUGUUCAAACUUCUUAAUGAUGAUAAGUGUGUGCAAAAAACUUGAAAAAAGAUGGAAUGUAAUAAUUAUAAUAAAUUUAUAUAUAUUUUUAAUGUUUUAUAUAUUUGUUUAAAAUAUUAAUUUGUAUAAUACACGAGUGUUUUGACUCAAAUUCAACGAGAAAUUAAAAAAUUCAGGAAACUGUUUCAAUCUGUUGAGAAUUUAUAAAUCUCUAUACAUUUCAUAGAUUAAAAGAAAUAUAA